AUGAAGUAUUUUACUAGUACCAUGUACAUCACUUGUGUGAUCUUUAGUCUUGCAUCUCUGGUGCUUUUUCAGCCAGGAUAUGGUAAAGAUUUCACUGAAUUGAAAGAAGCAAACUUUGAUGAUGUAGUAAAUGGAAGCAGUUUUGUUUUUGUGAUAUUUUACGCACGUUGGAACGAGCGUAGUGUUGAAGCUUUGAAAACGUUGGAACAGGUUUCAGAAGAAAUGGAUAAAAGUGGUGUAAUUCUGGCUAAGGUCAAUGCAUACGAUGAAGUGAAGUUGGCGACAAGGUUCUGGGUUGAUCGUUGGCCAAUAUUCAAAUUCUUCAUAAAAGGAAGUGUAACACCUGAAACGUAUGUUGUAUAUACGUUAUACUGAUUACAUUCACUAGAUACAAUCAUUUUUGUAUAAUAGAUUAUUUACGAGUACACUUCUUUAAUACACCUCCAUAAUACUAUGCAGCGAGUCUUUAUAAUGUUAACUAACCUUAACCAUGCAUGCAUUUCAAUUCCAUUGAAACAUUUAAAAACCUAUUUUCCAAUCAUUCCGGUCGAGUACCGCUGAGGAUUUAAGCUGAAAAUUUGGAAGCCGAGCUGAAACGUUAACCAAGCUGAAACACAGCUUGCAGGGUUAAUUAUCCAUGUAAUCAGCCCUCCAGUCUCGUCCCCAGGCGCUUUGAAUACUUCGUAGGCUUACUUAGCUUCGUGGGGUUCGCGCGUGAACCCAAUGCUACACCGCCUUGCGUCUAUGCUUACGUCGCGCCAGAGCCCACGAAGCCCGCCACAAAAAACACUAUGGAGCCUGGGGAUGAGGUUGUCAGCCCCCAAUGUCGGCCAGCCGCAUAGCUUUAGGGUAUAAUUCCCAUUUUCUCUUAUUUUAUUUCGACUAUAUAUAGAUUUUCCUGAGAUCUCAACAGGAUACAUCUAUCAGACAACGUCACCGAUUACACAACGCCGUCAACGACUCUUUGGCAAGCGCGAAUAUAGUUUUUAAGCAAGCGCGUUAGCGCGUAUGUAAUUCUUGUCCUGUUCCAAUAUUAAUUAGUAAGAAUAUAUUCUCGUAAUUUUACAGUUAUCGAGGUGGAAUGAAGUUAGAUGAUUUUCUUGGCUUUAUCAAGGCUACGUCUGACAUGCGAGCAGAUCCAAGUGUGUUUAACCAAGCUAUCAUUGAACUGGAUAACUCUAAUUUUGAAAGGGUCAUUCACAACAAAAAGAAGAAUGUUUUCGUAUUGUUUUACGCAAAGUGGUGCAAUUCUUGUAAAGACCUGAUCAACACUCUUGGAAAGGUAGAAACCUCAAUCAUUAUAUAAUCGACAAAUAUUAGAUUGAUCUAUAUUAUAAAAUUAAUAUUAUAAAGUGUGGCAAAACAAAUUUUAACAAAUGAGAUAUUAUCUACAAUUAUGGAAAUGAUUCUUGUUUCAACAACCUCAUUUUAACUCAAUUUUAGCUUGUCGUCCAAUACACAUUUUUUCAUGUUUUCACGCCUUCCAAAGAACCAUCCUAUUGAGUACAGGGUGAACUCUAUAAAAACUGUGAGGCCAAUCCAUUCUCGAACCCUGAGCUUGCAAUCCUCUGUGGAGGCUUGCCUCAGUAAGCCUCCACAGAAGAUUGCAGGCUCAGGGUUCGAGAUUGUUGUGAGCCAAGAUAGCGGAAAUACAAGCCGUUCUUGUAUAUAUAGGUAUGCUCUACAAUCGCGUGCAAAAAUAAUGAGAUUUUUCAUGUUUUUGGCCAUUUUAAAGUACGUUGGCCUCCCCCUGCCCCCAUGAUCAAUGUUGGAAAAAGUGGGUUGAAUUUUCUCUUUUCAGUCAUUCACACAACAUUGAAUAGGGGGUGAUGAGCGGGCAUUUAUGCAGUUAUCUCAAAAAUUUUUGCUCCUGAUUGUAGUUGGUCCCUAGUUCAAAUCCCCAAUAUAUAGAUAGUCCUGAAAAACAAAAGUUUGCUGGUGUUUCUCGCGUUGGUUUUUCUAAACUUGUUUUUCCGGCAGCUAGUUAAUUUGCUUAUUCUUCUAAUUAGGUGCUGAAAAAUGAAAUUUCUACAUCAAACGAUGCCGAUUUUUCGUUCAGAAUUUAGUGAAUUUCCGCGUAGGGGCCUACAAUUGGCAGCAAAAAUUAUUGAGACAAUCGCAUAAAUGCCCCCCUCACCCCCAAUUCAAUGUACGUUGUGUGAAUGAGUGAAAAGAGAAAAUUCAACCCACUUUUUUCAACAUUGAUCAUGGGGGCAGGGGGAGGCCGACUCACUUUAAAAUGGCCAAAAACGUGAAAAGUCUCAUUAUUUUUGCACGCGAUUGUAGUACUGCAGUUGCAUCAAUCCUACCUUUCCUUUUAUUUUUGCUUUUAAGUAGGGUAUUUAAACCACUAAAAAUGAGUUUUUAUACGUGUAAAAAUUGCAAAACAGCGAUCAGAAAGUCAUUUUAUUUCAACUCCCGGGAAGCGCGAAGUACACGCGUAUUUUAUAUCUACAUCUAAGUACAAGAGAUCACUCUAUUGGCCAAUAUUCAUCCAUUCAUAGGGCCUUUUAUCUGGACUUAAUUAUCGUUCCUGCUACCCUGGUUCCAGAGGUUUAUUUCUCCUCUCCCCUUCGCAAUGAAAAUAAUAAAAAUAAACCUCUGGAACCAGGGUACGUUCCUGCAUGUAUUUAUAAAGUUCACUGAUUGAGUAUUACAAUGGCCGCCAUCUUUAUAAAAAGGGCUGUAUUAUGAGGUGAAAUCAUUUCAUAUAUCCGUACUAGUUUUGGUUUGGUAACUUGGAUUCGUUUAUCUUGCCAUAAAACGAAAGGAGACAUGUUGCAUCCUUUUUCAUGUUUUCAGGCUAUGUUCCGAAGAACCAUCCCUAUUCUGUACUAUAUAACCUUUUAAUCCAAAGAACCACCUUAUUGCGUGUUGCUGAUGGCCGCUAUCUUUUUGAAGAGGGCUAUGUAUAAGUUCCAAUCAGUUCAUAUCUCAUCCGAACUAAUGUUUUGAUUUAUUUGCAAUCUUGUUACUUAAUAUACCUUAUACAUAAUGAGGUCACAAGGCUUGAUGCCCGCGAGGAAUGCUGGUCUUAGUAGUCAUCGUCCGGGAAAAUUUCGAUAGUGGCCAUUUUGAAUCGUUUAAUUUUCCCGGGCGAUGACUACUAAGACCAGCAUUCCUCGCGGGCAUCAAACCUUAUGACCUGAUUAUGCAUAAGGUUUAUUGUCUUAUAGGUUGGUAAAAAUUUCCAAAAUGAAAGGGAUUGCGUGAUAGCAAAAAUCGAUGGUGAUGCUAACUACGAUGUGGCAGUUCAACAAGAAGUACCUUAUUAUCCAUCAAUAAGAGUUUACACUAUCAAGAAUAAAGAUGGUUACUUGUACCACCCUGGCAAGUAUCAGGAAAACUGGAGUGAACAGAAUAUUACAAAAUUUCUUAAUCUUCAAUGCAAGACAAAACGUACCGUUAUGGGUCGCCUUGAUGAUACGGUAUGUAGUUAAUUGAUAUUAGUAGUGAGCUUAAGCAAGUGACGUUUUUGACAACACGGACGGCAUGAGUAACGUCAGAAGACUGGGUCAAGGGUUGUGAUUGGUGGAAAACGUCAACUUUACUUCCGGUUGACGUCCGUGUUUUCAAAAACGUCACUUGCUGAAAGCUCACUAUUGAUUAUUCUGAGCAGCAGUGACAAUCAGUAACAUAUUAUACCAUCUGAAAUAAAUGUAGUGUGCAAGUCUAAAUAACAUCUGCUUCUUCUCAUCGUCCACCACUCGGUUACCGUGGGCAAGGAUAAUUAAUUACGACCAUUAUUUGAGUCAGUCGGUCGAUGGUUAGUUGAAAGUACCCGGGAUGGGUCGGUUAGUUUUGUCGGUCGGUCGGUUAAAUGGUGGGUCGAUCAGUUUGUAUAAUAAAUAUUUAUUAAAUAACUAAAUAACAAUAGUUUUCCCCAAGAGCAACAAUUACUGAUCUUGGAGGCUCACUGUUAAAUUUACAUAAAUGGACACACAUAACACAACUUGUUACCAAUAAUAAUCAGCACAUUAUGUAAGUUCAGUACUUUAGUUCGUUAAACUAUAUUUGGGCAAGCAAUACUAAGAUUCAACAUGGGUAAAUCGACCAGUUUCUUUGAUAAAACUUUGAACAUAAUAGAAAAUGUAAGCAUUUUCCCCUUCUGAGAUUUGCGAAGAUCCAGAAAGGAAAACACUUAUUAGCUGCGUUUCAGUCUUUGCGUGCCACCUGUGAGCAAAAAUAUAUGCAGCAGAGGAGAGCAGUUUCAAUCUUGGAGCAGCAAACAACGGACAAUGUAAAAAGUAAUGAUUAAUACUUUCAACUUCAAAGCCACAAAGACAUUCAGAAGAUGGUUUACACCCAAUUUUACAAACGUAAACGAGUAUGAAUGAUGGAAGAAUAUCUAUCGAGAGAAAAGUUAAAUAACAUAUUUUGCUGUGGAACAUCAAAAAUACGAUCAGUUGGUGGGUCGAUCCAUCAGGCAGGUAAUCAGUAAUGACAAUAAAUAUCGCGCUCUGGAUUGGAAUCAUACCCAUCCAAUUUUAAAAGUAAAACGUGAAAGUUAUACUGUAACUGUGAAAGUAUUCAAUCGUAAUCCCAAUCGGUCAUACUGCCAUUUGGUUAUCGCAAACAUUUUCAUAUCCUAUACUCAGAUGUCGCAGAACUCUCUUAAACUUAAUAACGAGACGAUCUUAUUGCUUAAAAUAUCUUUCUUUCAAAUGGCUCCGAAUUCGGAACAACUCUGCUAUAUUAACCUUCUAAUCCUUUGAUUAACAUUUACGUCAUUAUAGGCUGGACGUUUGAAAGAUUUUGAAACCCUCGUGAAAAUGUUCAUGGAUAAUUCGUUCAAGAGACCAGAAAUUUUAAACGAAGCACUUUCUCUUAGAAAUAAUCACGCAGAAAGUUCUGCAGAAAUAUAUGUGAAAAUCAUGCAGCAGGUGUUAAAGGAUGGCACGGAAUAUUUAACGACAGAAUUGAACAGAAUUGAACGACUUAUGCUGGCUGCAAUACAUCCGGAUAAGGCAGAUGAACUUCAGAGACGGAGAAACAUUUUGAACGAAUUUGCUGUUUUGCAUCACGAAAAAGAUGAACUUUAA